AUGUCGUACUCUCUGCGCGAUCGUAAUGCCCUGAUCACUGGGGGCUCUCGGGGAUUGGGAGCCCUCGUGGCACAGAAAUUUGCAGCUGAAGGUUGCAAUGUUGCCAUCAACUACAUGUCAAGCAAAGAUGCUGCUGAGAAGCUCGCUUCCGAGCUCCAGGCUCAAUACAAAGUGAAAGUGAUCACGGUCCAAGGUGUAGGUCCACCUAUCAUCUCUACAGGUACAAAUGCUGAUGGCUUCGGGCUCCAGGAUGCGAGUCGCAAAGAUGAUUGCAUCAAUGCCGUUCGGACGACAAUUGCGCAGCUUGGGGGUUUGGAUAUCGUGGUAUCCAACGCGGGCUGGACCAAAAUGACCAACUUCGCGGAUCUGGACGCCAUGGACGACGAUGAUUGGGACAAGUGCUGGACUACCAAUGUCAAGGGUCACUUCUACCUCUUCAAGGAGGCCUUGCCCACCUUCAAUGCGAAUCCUGACGGUGGCCUGCAUCUCAUUAAGUGUCUGGCACAAAGCCAAGGGAGGAAAGUCAGAGUGAAUGCGGUCUUGCCCGGACUUCUUCUCACUGAAUGGCCCGAAGUCGAGGAUACCGCCAAUGCGUUCGUCAUGCUCGCUAAGAAUGCCUCUAUGACGGGCCAAGGGAUACAAAUUGACUCCGGCUUUGCAAUCAAAUAG